AGCAUUCCCACAACUGUGUCAACAACAGAAGUUCCCACUGUUCACACGUGGGUAACGUUGCUUCCUGAUAAAGUGAAUUAAAAGCCCUGUGUCGUCCUUCCUUUUUCACUCGUGGGACAGACACCGCCAGACUAACAACCGUCACGCUCUUUCAGGUUCAACAUGUCACAGUGGUGCUGGCUGGUGUUACUUGCUCUGUGUCACAUGACCUCAUGCGCCAAUUCUGGAGUAAAGAUCCAACUGACGGAUAAAGGCAUUGAAUAUGGCAGGCAACUCGGAAUGGCGUCGAUCCAGCGCAAGCUCCAAAACAUUAGAGUCCCGGAUAUGUCCGGAUCACAGAGAGUGUCGGUCAUUGGCAAAGUCAAAUACAGCUUGUCAAAUGUGCAAGUAGUGUCUGUGGGACUACCUUCGUCUGCUGUGGCUCUGGUGCCAGGGACUGGGGUCAGACUGUCUAUUGAGAACGCCUUCAUCAGCAUGAAGGGAAACUGGAGGGUCAAGUACCGCAGAAUAUUGAGGGACAGCGGUAGCUUUGAUUUGAACGUGAAUGGACUGACGGUCAGUACAAGUGUCGCCGUCACAAGCGAUGAGACAGGGAGACCUCAAGUCAGUAACGCGGGCUGUGCGGCUAAUGUUGGCAGCGUCAAAGUCAAAUUCCACGGCGGAGCCAGCUGGCUGUACAAUCUUUUCAGAAGCUUCAUCAGCAAGGCUUUGAGUAAGUCGCUGGAAAAACAGAUCUGCCCCCGGGUUGCUGAUGCACUGUCUGACGUGAACCCUCGGUUGAAAACUCUCAACGUCUUAGCCCAGGUAGACAAGUAUGCAGAGAUCGAGUAUUCUAUGGUCUCUGCACCCACAGUCUUGAGCUCUCAUUUGGGUUUGAGCUUGAAGGGGGAAUUCUACAACAGAGAAAGUCAUCAGGAACCUCCAUUCUCCGCUCCCGCCUUUACUAUGCCAUCGCAGAACAACCACAUGUUGUACAUCGGUGUUUCUGCCUUCACCGCCAACUCGGCAGCUUUUGUCUACAACACGGCCGGAGUCCUGAGCUUGUACAUUACGGAUGACAUGGUCCCUAAAAGCUCCCCAAUCAGGCUCAACACCAGAACAUUUGGAGUUUUCAUCCCCCAGAUUGCCAAAGAGUUCCCGGGUUUGAUGAUGAAACUGCUGGUGAAGACGGUGAAAAAUCCCGUCAUCAGUAUGGAAGCGAACAAAACGACAGUACAGGCCAGCAGCACAGUGACGGCCUUCGCUAUCCAACCCAACAGCACACUCUCUCCGCUAUUUGUCCUCAACUUGGAUGCCAGUGUCAGUGCCCGAGUGUUUGUCAAUGGCAUGGGGCUGGCUGGAGCUGUCACCUUGAACAAAAUGAAUCUGACCCUGGCGACGAGUUAUGUGGGAGACUUUCAGGUCAGAUCUCUUGACAACAUCCUGCAAAUCGUCCUGAAAUUUGUUGUAUUGCCCAUAGUGAAUGUUCAACUUGGAAAGGGAUACCCUCUCCCCGCCCUUGGAAAGAUGAAGCUUGCCAACACUGAACUUCAUAUACUUAAGGACUAUUUGCUGAUCGGGACAGAUGUUCAAUUCGCAGAGUAAUGAAAGCCUAAUCAUUUCUUCCUAAAUACCACAGAGAAUAUGUUACACCAAUUAUUUCGCAUUUUUAAACGAACAGUUUUUACAUAUUACAUUUGAGUCAGGUCUGAGAUUUCCCAUUUAUUCAUUCAUUUUGUCACGGGUUAGCUGGAGCCUAUCCCAGGACGCUUUGCACAUUUAGAGGUGACGAUUAAGCUGACAUGCAUUGUUUGGAAUGGCUGUAGAAAACCGGUAUGCUCAGAGUAAAAGAACAGCGAGCACAUGCAAAGUCCACAUCCAUCCAUCCAUCCAUCUUCUUCCGCUUAUCAGAGGUCGGGUCGCGGGGGCAACAGCCUAAGCAGAGAAGCCCAGACUUCCCUUUCCCCAGUCACUUUGUCCAGCUCUUCCUGGGGGAUCCUGAGGCGUGUUCCCAGGCCAGCCGGGAGACAUAGUCUUCCCCGUGGCCUCCUACCGGUUGGACGUGCCCUAAACACAUCCCUAGGGAGGCGUUCGGGUGGCAUCCUGACCAGAUGCCCGAACCACCUCAUCUGGCUCCUCUCGAUGUGAAGGAGCAGCGGCUUUACUUUGAGUUCCUCCCGGAUGGCAGAGCUUCUCACCCUAUCUCUAAGGGAGAGCCCCGCCACCCGGCGGAGGAAACUCAUUUCGGCCGCUUGUACCCGUGAUCUUAUCCUUUCGGUCAUGACCCAGAGCUCAUGACCAUAGGUGAGGAUGGGAACGUAGAUCGACCAGUAAAUUGAGAGCUUUGCCUUCCGGCUCAGCUCCUUCUUCACCACAACGGAUCGGUACAACGUCCGCAUUACUGAAGACGCCGCACCGAUCCGCCUGUCGAUCUCACGAUCCACUCUUCCCUCACUCGUGAACAAGACUUCUAGGUACUUGAACUCCUCCACUUGGGGCAGGGUCUCCUCCCCAACCCGGAGAUGGCAUUCCACCCUUUUCCGGGCGAGAACCAUGGACUCGGACUUGGAGGUGCUGAUUCUCAUUCCGGUCGCUUCACACUCGGCUGCGAACCGAUCCAGCGAGAGCUGAAGAUCCCGGUCAGAUGAAGCCAUCAGGACCACAUCAUCUGCAAAAAGCAGAGACCUAAUCCCGCGGUCACCAAACCGGAACCCCUCAACGCCUUGACUGCGCCUAGAAAUUCUGUCCAUAAAAGUUAUGAACAGAAUCGGUGACAAAGGACAGCCUUGGCGGAGUCCAACCCUCACUGGAAAUGUGUCCGACUUACUGCCGGCAAUGCGGACCAAGGUCUGGCACUGAUCGUACAGGGAGCGGACCGCCACAAUAAGACAGUCCGAUACCCCAUACUCUCUGAGCACUCCCCACAGGACUUCCCGAGGGACACGGUCGAAUGCCUUCUCCAAGUCCACAAAGCACAUGUAGACUGGUUGGGCAAACUCCCAUGCACCCUCAAGAACCCUGCCGAGAGUAUAGAGCUGGUCCACAGUUCCACGACCAGGACGAAAACCACACUGUUCCUCCUGAAUCCGAGGUUCGACUAUCCGACGUAGCCUCCUCUCCAGUACACCUGAAUAAACCUUACCGGGAAGGCUGAGGAGUGUGAUCCCACGAUAGUUGGAACACACCCUCCGGUCCCCGCAAACUCCACAUGCAGAAUUGAACUCUGGCUCAAGGGCAGCUACAUGAACGUUGUGACUUUUUUUCAACACUGUUGCAAUAAUUGUGUGAUCAAAGAAGAGAGAGAGAGUGAAGAACAAGGUUGUGCAUCAGCAGAUGCAAUAAUAAGUUGUUCUUCUUUUAAUAGCUUUAUAAAUUCCAACACAUAAAUACUCUGUGUUACUCAAAGGAAUACAAAUUCACAAACAAAUCUAACUAGAAUAUAAUUAAGUCAGCAUGGUUUACAGCAGGGGUGCCCAUUACGUCAAUCUUGGAGGGUGUGUCAGUCGAUCUCAAGCCAGGCAUUUAAAAAAUAGACAUAAAAAUGAGCAAUCAUCAAUCAUACCAAGACUUCACUUUCGUCAGUUGUUUGACAUUCUCGGCACCCGAGGAUCUUGUGAGAUGAUGCUGGCUGCUGCAAGCUCAUAUUUAAGAAAAAAAUCACCAACAGGGCGGACGCAGAGAAACACAUUUUAUUUCUAGAGACUCCGUACCUACUGUCAAAACUCUAAAGACCGACUGCACAGUUCCUGUCUUCACCAUAAAAGACCUGUUUCAUCCUGCCUGUGCUAACAAAAUAAGAGUCUCAGAAAGCUAGCAAGCUACGGAGUUUGAUGCCAAUGUAUUUCUCCCCCGCCCUCAGCGACCGCUUUCUCACUUGCUUGCCCACCCGCACACUCACCUGCUGCCAGACAUUAAAGGGCCACACACAUAUGCUACUCUCAUAACAAAGUGUUUAAAAACAAGUAUGCAAGUUGGACAAAUGAGAUGCCAAAUCCAACCACUUUCAUGUGGUAUUGGACAGAAAGGAGGACUUUUUUUUUUCCUCCAUUUGAAAAUGCGGACGUUAUCAGCACCACUGUCUAAUUCCAAUCAAUGCAAGUCAUCAGAAUCAGGUAAUACACCAACUUAUAUUCUUGUCUUCAUGAAAGAAAGGAAUCUAUGUGUGUUAAACAUGCUUGUAUUAUCAUUAAACACCAUUAACUUGUUAACAAAAAUGUCUCUUUCAUAAAUAAAUAGAUAUAAAUAGGAAUGAGGUAGAUCUCCUCGACUUGGUCAAUUGAAAAGUAGCUCGCCUGCAGAAAAAGUGUGAGCGCCCCUGCUUUACAGUGUGUUAUGCUUACAUAUUUUAACUGUGUAUUAACGCAAACACAGUGCUAAAAUAUAUUUUCGACAGGGUAAUUUAUUUGAAUAGAUUGACUCCUAACCUGUCAGUUGUGCUGCUUGCGGUCAUGUGGCAAUCAUGGUUGGUUCUGCGGCCAAAUGGCCUUCACGUUGUUGCCUGGCUGCAUCAUUAGGGAGCUGUGACGCAAGGCUCGACCUCUCAAGCUCUGUGAGCUGGAUGACAUUAUCUACGUGGAAAGAAAAGGUCGAAGUUAUUCAUUGAUAAUGCUCUUUAUGCUGUUCAGUUCCUAAACUGCUGUGUGUCUUCUCUAACAAGACAAUCAUGUGAAAAUAUUUGAUUCUGGCAAUUGAAAUCGUGUAUGCUUAAAGGGGAACAUUAUCACAAUUUCAAAAGGGUUAAAAACAAUUUAAAAAAUCAGUUCCCAGUGGCUUGUAUUUUUUCUCAAAAUUUUAUUGGUCUCGGAAUAUCCCUAAAUAAAGCUUUAAAGUGCCUUAUUUUCGACUCUCUGCGAAGACACUGGCCAUUUCCCUGUGACGUCACACAGUGCUGCCAAUGUAAAAAAACAAUGGGAAUACCACAGCAAGAUAUAGUGACAUUAGCUCGGAUUCAAACUCGGAUUUUAGCGACUUAAGUGAUUCAACAGAUUACGCAUGUAUUGAAACAGAUGGUUGGAGUAUGAAAAUAUUGAAGAAGAAACUGAAGCUAUUGAGGCUAUUCAUAGCCAUAGCAUGGCCGAAUAGCUGCGUUAGCAUCGCCGGUAAAAUGUGCGGACCAAACGAUCGGGACUUUCGCAUCUUUUGACACGGGAGCAACUUAAAUCCGUCGAUUGGUAAGUGUUUGUUUCGCAUCAAAUGUGGGUGGAAGGAAACGUAAUAUAGUUGCAAAUGCAUCUACAGGUUAUCCAUACAUCUCUGUUCCAUGUCUGCUUUAGCACCGCCGGUAAAUAGCAUGUUAGCAUCGAAUAGCUGCGUUAGCAUCGCCGGUAAAAUGUGCGGACCAAACGAUCGGGACUUUCGCAUCUUUUGACACUGGAGCAACUUAAAUCCGUCGAUUGGUAAGUGUUUGUUUCGCAUCAAAUGUGGGUGGAAGGAAACGUAAUAUAGUUGCAAAUGCAUCUACAUGUUAUCCAUACAUCUCUGUGCCAUGUCUGCUUUAGCACCGCCGGUAAAUAGCAAGUUAGCAUCGAUUAGCUGGCAGUCAACAUCAACAAAACUCACCUUUGUGAUUUCGUUGACUAUCGUUGCAAAUGCAUCUGCAGGUUAUCCAUACAUCUCUGUGCCGUGUCUGUCUUAGCAUCGCCGGUCAAAUGUGGAGACACUCUGGCACAUUCAAUGGGGUCUGGCGGCAGACACUUUGGCAUCUUCGGGCCAGUGGUGCAACUUGAAUCCCUCCCUGUUAGUGUUGUUACACCCUCCGACAACACACCGACGAGGCAUGAUGUCCCCAAGGUUCCAAAAAAAUAGUCAAAAAAAUGGAAAAUAACAGAGCUGAGACCCGGUGUUUGUAAUGUGUUGAAAAUGAAAAUGGCGGGUGUGUUACCUCGGCGACGUCACAUUCUGACGUCAUCGCCUCCAGCCCGAUAAACAGAAAGGCGUUUAAUUCGCCAAAAUUCGCCCAUUUAGAGUUCGGAAAUCGGUUAAAAAAAUAGAUGGUAUUUUUUCUGCACCAUCAAGGUAUAUAUUGACGCUUACAUAGGUCUGGUGAUAAUGUUCCCCAUUACUGACCACAGACCAGUACAAGACCAUGGAACAUUUCCUGCAGGACAGAGACGUUAAUUAUUUCUUUUUUUGACAUUACAACUAUUUUACUUUGGAAAAAUGACCACUUUUCUUUGUUACAUCUUUAAGCCCACAUACUAACUGUACGCCGAAUACUCUCAAAAAGUGAUUCUCAAACUUGUGGUACGCCAAAGAAUCACUUAUAUAUAUAGCUCGGUUGGUAGAGUGGCCGUGCCAGCAACUUGAGGGUUGCAGGUUCGAUUCCCGCUUCCGCCAUCAUAGUCACUACCGUUGUGUCCUUGGGCAAGACACUUUACCCACCUGCUCCCAGUGCCACCCACACUGGUUUGAAUGUAACUUAGAUAUUGGGUGUCACUAUGUAAAGCGCUUUGAGUCACUAGAGAAAAGUGCUAUAUAAAUAGAAUUCCCAAAUUCACUUCACUUAAUGAAAUAUUCAAACACUGUGUUACUGUUCAACUGUGUGUCAUGUUACCUUGGCCAAACCUAUUAAAUAUACUUGUUAAAUAAAA